AAUUAAGCUGAUAUGAAUUAAAAGCCAAUGAUUGGUCGAAAAUUCUCUUCGUUUGAAAGCAAAAAUGUGAUAUAAAUGAACCUAAGGUCUUGGCUAGAUAAAACACUUAAGAAAAAAACUGUUUACGUCAAGCAUCAGAUCGAGGACUUUCGGACUUCAGUCCAGUGUAGGGUUUUGAAUAAGCACGACCUUCGGUUGAUUCUCUGUCAGCUUGUUAAAGAGAAUUGCCUAAAAUAUCUGAAAUAUGGCGUUCUUUUCUAAGGCUACUGCCAACAGUGAGAGUAUCUCRGGGAAUAUUUUACUGUGUCCUGUGUGUGAGGACGAAUACGACGACCCUAAACGACUACCAUGCAUGCAUACAGUAUGUCUUGGAUGCUUAGAGAGUGUUGUACCACAGAACUCCUUGAUUAUGAAAUGUCCUAUCGAUGACCAAGAACUCCCAAUGCCCAAAGGUGGAGUAAACGCUUUACCAUCAGAUCUCAAGAUUAUACGGCUUCUAGAGCUCUCUUCUGGGGACCAGACAACGAAAAAACCAAGAAACAAACCCAAAAAACCCAAGCCAGUGAGCGAAGAGGCGAAGAAAAAGCCUGUCGUUCGUGGACAGAUAGCAGCGACUCUGGAAGAAGAAGCAGAACUGGUCAGAAAGCUUUUUACAGAAACAGCUAAUAAAAUUCGCGAAGCAGUUUCUGAUAAAGAAAAGGAAAUACUAAAAGAAAUAGAUGAUUUGGUGAACAAGCAGUUGCGCAAGGCAGCCAGCGCGGCAAGCUUCUCUAACGGGGCMGAUUCUGGUGGUAAUGAAGGAGAUGAUGACAAUAAAGAUGAAGAAGACGGAAAGAAGCAUCCAUCUUUUAUCAUUGAUUUGACACCAAGUAGAAAACUUCUUCAAAUGGCCAGAGAGGAAGGAUUGGGCAACAUCAAGUUCGGGCAAAAAGCGACCACACCCGGUCCUGCUGAAAAACCUUUACCAAUUAAUAAACCUAUUCCUUCUGCUGCUUCAGCUACGUCCGCAACAACUGGCGGCACGGCUGAGAUCAUCAAUGCUGUUAACCUUCCAAACAGAUAUAAGCGCAGUUUCGGCCCCUCUGCAGUAGCUGUAAGCCACGCUGGUCAUGUCGCUGUGUCUGACUUUGGUGGUGAGUGCGUCCUUCUGUUUGAUCCUGAGGGGAAUUUCGUCAAGAAAAUUGGCGGAGAGUCCGGUGAUGCAGGACUUGAAGGCCCAGAYGGCCUGGCUUUUYUGCCCRAURACAACCUCGUGGUCUCCGACGGCCCKUUAGAUGGUGUACAAUCUCUUAAACUCUACAAGCCAACCGGAGAAUACCUGAAGACUCUAUUUGAACUAGACACAAGUGACACAGAAGAGUUGUAUUUUGGCCGUGUUACAAUCGACUCCRAAAGCAGAAUUAUCCUGUCCUGUUCUGGAGAAGACCCGAGAGUAAGGGUUUUCGACAGCAAUGGUAACUUCAAGUUUCAGUUUGGUGAAGGAAAUCUUUCUGGGCCACAGAAAGCUGUUUUCUUUGGAGAUAACUUUCUCGUCUCUGACUCAGACGCGGGGAGACAAAGAUCCUGCAUCAAGAUAUUCGACAAAACAGGCAAUUUUGUCUCAAGUUUCAACGAAAGUAAGCUAAAUGUUGGGGAGCAAGACAACAUGGGUCUAGAYGUYACCUAUCCGAUACACCUUGCCGUACACGGGGGAACCAUUUUUGCUUAUCAUGGGUUGUGCAGGAAGAUCAGUCUAUUCAAACUCGAUGGCACAUUCGUGAUUGAAUACAGAGCUGUCUCAGGCAUAAGAGAUAUGUCUGUCUAUGAUGAUGGUAAGCUCAUUGUAACAUGUGGAGAAGAGAGUAUUUUACCAAGAAGUGUGCAGAUCAUGAAAAGCUUGUAAAAUAUCUUGGGGAAGUUACAACAGUUAAUUCUAACCCCAAAACAGGAAUACUAACAGUCCGAAAAGAACGAAGAACGAGAGAGGUCAAAAAGGUUACUGCAAGACUGAACUGUCCAAUAGUGUGAUUCUUGUUCUAAUAAACAUGUUAUGGAUGACUACUUCAAUGUUACGAUAAAUAAAUGAGUGCAGUAUUUGAUUCAUCUAAUCACCUUAGUUCCAAGAUUUUCCUGUAUGUGUGUAAUCAUUUAUAAAGUCUGACAGUGAACUA